AUGGCGGACGAUCAUGUUUCGAUUCACAUAACUCAAAAGAUUGCAAGCUUAUCCCCAAUACAAGCUGACUGUUGCAUUUGCAAAGUGCCUGAUUAUCUUCGCAAGAUCGAUGAGAACGCCUAUGAACCACGGCGACUUGCAAUCGGCCCUUACCACCGCGGUAAGCUUCACUUAGAAGCAAUGGAAGAGCAUAAGUUUCGGUAUCUUCAAAAGCUACUUGAAGAAAGAGAGGAGAUCAAUGAUGUCUCAAAAUAUGUUAAGGCAAUGAAAGAAUUAGAGCCAAGAGCUCGCAAUUGCUAUACAGACCCUGUAAAUCUUGAAUCAGAUGAUUUCAUCAAAAUGAUGCUCCUCGAUGGUUGCUUUAUUGUUCAGCUAAUUCGGAUGUGUUUUGGCAUGUCAUCGAGUGUGGACAAUGACCCCAUUUUUAAGGUGACUGGUUUGGUUUACUCCUUAUUCCGUGAUUUGUUAUUAGUUGAAAAUCAAAUUCCCUUCUUUGUUGUAGUGAAGUUACUUGGGAUGAUUGGGAUUUCCAAUAAUGAAGAUUUCACUAGAAUGAUUUUGGGAUUCUUGGAGUUUAUGUUUCCGGAUUUUAGUUUUUCUACAGAUGGUGUAAAGUCGAUCGAUGAAAUCAGACAUCUACUGGACUUGAUACAUGAAUAUUGGCGUCCUUCACCUUUUGAAAAUAAGUCCCCUCGAAAUAUGGAAAAAUUGGAUUUCAGGCGCACACGUUGUGCCACGGAACUCCAAGAGGCUGGAAUCAGGUUCAAAAAGGUGGAGGGAGAGAGCUUGUUAGAUAUUAAGUAUGAAAAAGGGACUCUGAAAAUCCCAUCCUUGGUAAUCGAUGACUUCACAAACUAUUUGCUUCGAAAUCUCAUUGCCUUGGAGCAGCUUUUCCCGUGCAGCGAUAUAAAUCAUGUCACAGAUUAUGCCAUAUUCAUGAACUGUCUUAUUAACUCUGCAAAAGAUGUGGAAAUACUUGCACGCUGUGAAAUUGUUGACAACUGUUUAGGUAAUGAUGAAGCAGCUGCCACGAUGUUUAAUAGGCUUACUGACUCACUAUUCUACUCCUCAUUCUACUACCAUGAAGUAUCUUACAAAGUGAACGAAUAUUGCAGACGACGCCUGAACAAAUGGAUUGCCAACUUGAAUCAUAACUAUUUCAACAGUCCUUGGGCCUUUAUUUCCGUUCUUGCUGCUGCAGUCAUCCUUCUACUUACCCUCAUGCAAACCAUAUUUACCGGAAUUGCUCUUUAA